CCCCGACAACUCAAGAGGCGACUUGGACCAACUACUUUUAACUACUACUCCAACACUCAAGACAGGAUGACGCGCUCCAAGAACUACCGCAAAGUAUCAAGCGACGCCUUUGACCGACACGACUUCAAUGCGCGCCUAUCCCAAGACACGCAACACCCCCCACCCGCCUAUGAGAAACCAGAACACAUCACAGAAAGUGAUCUCGACAGUGGCGAAGAAGAUGCGCUCGAUACCCUUCUCGAAGACGACCCAAUGCAUGCAACACCAGCUGGUAAAAAGGCAAAUAAACGACAGCAGCGAAAAUGGAGGAAGGCUAUGCGAAAGGGUCGUGGCAAGCUCUCGAAACAUGUACUCGGGGUGGUCUUUUUGAUUGUGCUGCUUCUUGCUGGUGGUGCUGUGGUGUGCGCAUUGAUGCUGGGUGGGAAAGCGCCAUCCACGGCGGUACAGGAGACGAAUGCGUCGGUUGAGGAAGUGUUGAAGGGGAUGACGGAGGUGCCUACAUUGAUUGGCUCCUUGCCUAUUGAUAUGGGUCAUCCAGUGCUCAAUGAAGUCCCUGACGUUGCGCCUAUCCCGUCAAAGGAAGACGACGGGAGCGAGACGGCAGUCAAUGACCCACCUGCCUUGUCUGCAGAAGCCGUGGAUCAAGUCCUAUCAACCAAUGCACAGCUGGCAGACAAGACAUCCGCUGCUGUCGAGGCCGCGGAAGCCGCAGUGGCACAAGCAGCUGAGGAUGGCAAGGAGGCUGCAUCAGAGGCAGGUUCGCGAUUCAUGGAUAUGUGGGAUGAUAUGAUGGCUUGGAUGGAUGCAAAGUGGGCAGACAUCGUUGGCAAUGUCCCUGGACAGACGGAGGCGUACUGACCAUGAAUCCAUGAUUCAACCAGACAUGAUGGUGAUUUCAGUUUUCAAAUAGCAGUGCGUUCAAGUAUCAUUCAGUUAGUAUUCGUAGAGUCAGUGAUGAUGGUUUUGUAUGUAGUGCAUCGUGCUAAUGGAAGACUCUGCAAGCAAUCAGGUUGGACUGCUUAGCAACUCAUCAUUGGGAAAAAGGUAUGCUGCGCCAAGUGACUUGUCGGAUGUGUGUGAUGGACGUAAGUUGUCGCUUUAGACGGUGGAAGGGUAGAGCAUGACGCGCACCGAUGCACCGAAUGUCUUUGGCGGCAGGUUGUUUCGGAACCGUGCGCGCACAAGACCUGAGUUGCCGUGUGUCCUUGCAAUCUUGCCCCAGAUGACACGGAUGCGUGAUCCGCGAAUCUCCUUCUUGGCCUUGUAGACGUAGGCAAUACGCUUGCCGAGGUAGAAUUGAGCCUCUUGUG